UGCAAUCGUUUUUGGCGCGCGCGCUGUUUAACUAAACAAAGAUGGCUUCUUCUCCACUUUCAACUUCAGAAGGGGAACUGUUUGAGGUAAAGAAUGAAAAAAAAUACCUUAAAUAACUGAGUUGCUUUUUUAAAGUUAACUAGCUGUUAGAAAUCGGGACGUGAAAAGAGCAGUAGUUUGUCUGUAAUUUUUUAUGUGCGAGAGUGAAGCAGCGACAGUCGCACACAUCGACCUCCAAGCUUGAGCUUAUUUUUUCAUGACUGGUCGAUUAUUUGCAUGAAAAAUGAUUUUUAAUCAUUCUUCAUCACAUCUAUUGCAGCAGAAAAGCUUAGAUAAAUGGACCAAAGACUAGUAUAUCAUUAUGCAGGGAUCUUAACUUUUUAAAUAAGUUUACCAGCAGAUAAAUACCGGCCUUUCAAUGCAAACUCAAUCGAGACUGUUGAUCAAUGUAAGCUUAAGUUUAAGUUUCUUACUCAUAACUUAAAAAAUCAGAAAAUUUUAUUUCUAAAUUUCUUGAUGAAAACAAGCUUAAAUAAUGCAAAAUAUUCUUAAUGAAGGGAAAGCUCAAGUUCUUGAACAUUGUAACCUUGAGAACCUGUGCUACAAUUUAUAUGCGUGCAGUAGCCAAUAAAACAGGUGCCACAUUGUUGGGCUGCUGAAAUUUAGUACCUGAGCUACUUGAACUACAAGUAUGUGGUGUAGUACUUAUUUUUCCAAGAAACCACCAAGAGUUGAGCAUUUGCUAUGUAGAAGUCUGAUUUUUUUUAUUUGUAGGUUGAAACUCUUCUGGGAAGGAGAACCAGACAUGGUAAAGUGGAGUAUUUAGUGAGAUGGAAGGGUUAUGACCAAAGCGAAGAUUCAUGGGAACCUGUAAAAAAUUUACAAGGUUGCCAAGAGCUGAUUAAAAAGUUUGCUUCUCCAAGGUCUCCAUCACCUGGAAGAAAAGCAAGAACACCGAAGGUGCUUUAUAUCAUGAUCUUUGUGUUUUGGCGUUCUUUGUCCCAUUCAGUUCUAGUCAGUUCAAUCACCUAUUCCUGUAAAUGUUUCAACUUUGUUCAGGUGUAACAUUUUAUUUGAUUUAUUGCUGCAGCAUUAAUUAAGUUUUAAGCGUUUCUGAUGCAAUCUUUAUUCAAAGGCAGCAUUCAUUUGAGGGCAAUAUUUAUUAGUAUUUCAAAAUCACAUUUCUUUAAUCAUGGACAACAGUUAUGAUGAACCAGUUGUGAAUAUUGUGUUCAACAGAAACAUGUCAGAGUUCCAAUGUCUCACUUUUUUUGCCAAGAGAGAAUUAUAUUAUUUUGUCUUGAUGGUGUAGAUUACAAAGUUGCACCAAGUUUUUUCUUAUAAUCCUGAAAUAAAUGCUGCAUUUAUCUGGUUCGGUGUGGCAUUUAUUCAAGGGCUGUGUUCACUAGUAAUUUGCUUUUGGCUGCUGCACUUAAUCAAGGGGGUGUUUAUUCAAGGGUAGAAAUUGAUUAAGUUAAUACAAUAUUGAAGAAAAUUAACAUGCUUGCACAUGUACAUGUAUAUCUUGUGGUUCAAUGUUAUCCUUGGUUUAAAUUUUAUUUUCCUUUGUUUCAAACUCAUAAUCAUACAUUAAUAUACCCCUAAAAAAAGGAAAAUAAAAUUUAAAGCAAGGAUAAAAUUGAUUAUCUUUGGAGAUACAUGUACAGGAGCAGAGAAUAUAAACUCUGAUUAGUCAGAAGCUGGGAAUUUUUAAAUUCCCAGCAAUUAGUAGCAGCAAUUAGUUUCAAUUAGUUUCCCAGCAAUUAGUUUCUAGAAGCAUUUAAAAAUGCUUCUAGAAACAGAUUUUCAUUCAGAAUUAGUGUCCUGGGGUUCUGCCGUAUAUAGUUUGUAAGAUUAACUGUUUAAUUAACAAAAUGCAGGGCUGUGCUCUAGCAGAGCCCGGUGGCCCCUGACGCCUAACUUUUGCCCUUGGAUGACUAGAAAAUCUCAGAUUUUUCCUACAAAUUAUAUGCUGGGCACCCUAGAUUUUACAGUUUCAGAGCACUGGGCUCCCUUCAAUUUUCCUUAGAGCACAGCGUUGAAAUGAUUGUCAUUAAUAAAAUUAGUCCACAGUUAAAACACUGAAAACUUUUCUUUGACUUGCAUACAGGUGAAAAUUAAGUGAAAUUCCUAUUAAGAGAUGUUUUCAAUUAAAAUCCUUUAUCAAUCGGUUUGUCCAAUCCAAAUUAAUAUUUCUGAUGAUUGAUUAUGAAAUCUUAGGUAAUUCCCAACUUUUAGUUUUAGUUGUUGUAGGAAAUAUCCUUACUAUUAUUGUGGUUGGGAUUAGACCCAGACAAGUUUCCUCUACCCUUUUGUUUCCUUUAAAACUCUUGGAUUUGUCCAGAGAUGAUUUAGUUUACAUUGCCUUAUUCAAUUUUUUUUAUCAUUAAUUUAAUCUCUUAGAGGGCUCAAAGUAGCCAAGUGUUGCAGACAAACAAGAAAAUUACAGAGGAGUAUACCAAACUUAAGACUCCAAAAGGUACACUGACAUCUGACUAUAUCAUACUUCAUCAAAGAAAGGGUAAGUCGCGAAUAGUUGAUCACAACAUAACUUCAGAAUUACUCAGUGGUGUCAUUAAGGGCCAAGGCCAGGGAUUUCAUAAGCAUGACCCCCAGCAACUUUCAAAGGAAACAAAAGGAAAAAAUUCCCAGGUGUUAAAUUCCCUGUCUACUAAUUGCGUACACCUACCCCUAGCAACUUGAAAUCUUAGUGGCAACCCUGAUUAUAUUACCAGUACAGUCAAAAGGGGGUGAUCAUGGUUUUUCACCACUGAAAUAUCACUGUAUAUUAAAGCUACCCAAAGAAGGAACUUCCAACACCCAUCUCAUUGUUCAUGUGCUUUGUUAGUGCUUCAGUUUAUCUUCCCUAUCAUAACCAACAUCUACACCUGGUCCAAGGGUGUAAUAACCUGCGAUCAGGCAAUUUUUUUUUUUUUUCGGCGGGAGGAAAAAAAAAAUCGCCUGAUCGCAGGUUAAGGAUGUAACUUAUCAGAGGUUACACUGUACAUGAUUUUUGGAUCUUAACUACCGGUAUGUGACUUCAAGAUCCUUAAGGGAAAUGCAUUUACCAGGAAACUUUAAAGUACCUUUUGACAUUUGCGUUUUUGCCAUGGACAAAAAAUGAAACUAACUACCUAGAGAACUCAUUACAGUGAAAUCGUGUUGAUAUGGACACUGAGGUGAUACAGAAAGACUUCAUAUUAACAAGGUGUUUGUAUUAAGCAGGUUGAAUUUAGAGAAAAUGUAAUGGCUUUCUUUCCCCAGGGACAAAGCAAACUGUCCAUAAUAGUGAGGUGUCCGUAUUUGAUAGGUGUCUGUAAAACUGGGGUUUGUUAAUAGUUAACCGACAUUAUAAGUUGAACAAAGGAAUAUUUCAAUUUGUGAAAGCCUCCAUGAUUGUGUUUAGUGUAGUACACUUAAAGAUAUCAAUCUUCUUUUUGGUUAGUCAUAUUUUGAGUGCCAAGGUGUCCCCUGAAUGGAGGUUAAACCUGAGUUUUGGUACCCAGAAAAAGUGUCCCUUCAAUAGAGGUGAUAGAUACAAAGAUUAUGUGAGCAUUUUUCUGGGACCAAAUUUGAUGUCUCCUUAAUGGAGUUGUCCCUUGAAUAGGGGUGUUCCAAAGGAGAGGUUCCACUGUUUACAUGACACUAGCUUUCUAAUCUGAUUGGCUAUCUGCUGCCAUGAUACGAGCAUUAACAGGACAGUAUAAUAGGACAGUACUCAUCUUGUCUGAGUAAUUGGACAGUAUGCGCCAAUGGUUGCUUGAAUGGGUAUGUUUUUUGCUUCUGGCUUAAAAAAAAAUUAAAAAUCAAAGCUGGUAAUAUGUGGGUAAGAGAGAAUCUGAUUAUCAGUGCGAUAGACUGGUAAUUUUCUAUUUGAAAGUUGCUUUGACAAGUUGUGACAUCUCUCAACAGGUCCUCUAUUUGCCAGACAACAAGUCAAAGAAGAAAAAGAAAAUACCAAAAUUACUAAAACAGUUGAGGUCAUACAAGAAAAGCAUAAGAAUUUGGUGGGUAAAGGAUUACCAGCUAAGAAAGCUAGUCCACAGAAAAAAUCCGCAGUGACAACUGAUGCACAAAGGGAAGUGUUUAAAAUUGUGGCAGGAUUAGUUGUUGUUACUCUUGUAAUGAUUUUGCUUCUCUCAUUUAUUCCUGGAGUUGGAAAUGAUAAAAACUAAUCUUAUCUGUAAAUACUGUUAUAGUUCACAUUAGUUGAAAUUACUUUUAGCCUUUUAAGUCAUAAAUGAAUAUGUAUGAUACGCUUUUUUUUAAUCUAGAGAGAAUGAUACACUUGCCUUCUUAUCUAUUUUUAAUUCAGGUCACAAAAAGACUCAACUUGCAAAUAGUUUGGUGAUCUGUGUGAUAAACUGAAUGUAAACAUACAUGUAAUUUCCUAUAAGGAUAAAAAAAUUUUGGUAUUUGGGCAAAAUAUGUUCGUGAUGUGAUAUGCUGGAAGAGUUUUUUUCUGGAUACCAAACAUACUGUAGCUUUGGAAAAUCCAAGUGUAUAUCUUGUCCACAAUAGCCACAAAAGCCUGAGUGGGAGAUGUAAAGAGGGCGAGGGAGGGGGGGGGGGAGAGAAAAAAGGAAGAGAAAAGAGAGGGAGUCAGCUACCUUUUCUCUCCAAUCUUCUCUCCCUUUUCCCCAUCCUUCCCUUCCUUUUUCCACACCUGCCACACCCAACAAUAACAAUAACAAAUAAAAAAAACUCAUUAUACCACAUCCGGGUAAUCAUGAAAUUUUCUUAUAAUAAUGAUUAUCCUCAUCACAUAUUGUGGUUUUCAGAAAGGUCAUUACACAGCAUUCACAGAAGCCAUCAUUUUUCUACAGUGUUCAGUGCUCUUUUGAUGAUGUAAAUAUCGUUUUUUGCACCUUACUAAAUUUUUACAAUUUUUGCAUUUUAAAUUGGUAUAUUAUUUAUUUUACGAAUAACUUUCCAUUGACCAAGAUACAUGUAUAUUAGCACUAUGUUACAAAACUGAUAUUUCCAAUACUUUGUAGUUUACAUUCUGUGACGUUGCAUUUAGUUCAGCUUCGUUAACAGUAUGGUUUAGUGCAACAUUAAUGGCCAUAAAGUAGGUUGGAAGAUCAUCAGAAAUAGUGUUAGUAUAGUGCACAGAGCCAAAGUAAAAUGGGGAGAAAUCUCAAGUCAAAGACUUUGCGUGAACUUGAACUACUUCCCAAGGAAAGCUAUUCCAUCUCCAAAAUUUUCGGUAGAUAGCUAAUAACCCGUAUUCGAUUCCAUUAAUCCCUAGCUUUCAAAUAAGGACCAGUUUAAAACAAUUCAUGUUUAAAAGAGUUAUGUCUACGUUAGAACAGUAAUACUGUAAUUACAGUGAGACUACUAGAACUGG